UUACCCAGCAUCGCCUGGCCUUUUGAGCCGCCCUCCUCCCCACUUCUACCCUCUCCCCCAAUCCUCUUCCUCAGAGCCUUGAGGCUGCAACCGGCCCCGCCCCGCGCGCUGGUUGGCUGCUGGGUGGGAGGCUCGUUCCUUCGCUCCUAUUGGCCACUCGGGGAGGUGCGUCUCGCGUGUCGGGAUUGGUCGCUCGGAGGAGGCGUCUCUCCCAGCUGGGCGGCUGGUGGCUAUUUCCGGAGUAAGAUGGCUGCAGCGCGUGUGCUGGGGACCUGGAGCCGAAAUGCUGUCAGACUGGUUUGUGUUCGCUAUUUUCCAACAUGUAAUAACGUACAUGUUUUGAAGCCAAAAUGUGUGUGUUCCUUCAGUUAUCCUUUGCUCAAACAUAAUCAACCGCAGCGUUCCCUGAGAACAGCGGCUGUGCUACAGGGACAGGUUGUUCAAUUCAAACUCUCUGACAUUGGAGAAGGGAUUCGAGAAGUAACUAUUAAAGAAUGGUAUGUAAAAGAAGGAGAUACUGUCUCUCAGUUUGACAGCAUCUGUGAAGUUCAAAGUGACAAGGCCUCUGUCACCAUCACCAGCCGCUACGAUGGCGUCAUUAAGAGGCUCUAUUACAAUCUAGACGAUAUCGCUUAUGUGGGGAAGCCUCUGAUAGACAUCGAAACCGAAGCCUUAAAGGAUUCAGAAGAAGAUGUUGUUGAAACUCCCGCUGUGUCCCACGAAGAACACACCCACCAAGAGAUAAAAGGCCAGAAAACACUAGCGACACCUGCCGUUCGUCGCCUGGCCAUGGAAAACAAUAUUAAGCUGAGUGAAGUUGUUGGCUCGGGAAAAGAUGGCAGAAUACUUAAAGAAGAUAUUCUCAACUUUUUGGAAAAGCAGACAGGAGCCAUAUUGCCUCCAUCACCAAAAGCUGAAAUAACACCACCUCCACCACAGCCCAAAGACAGGACCUUUCCCAUGCCAAUAUCAAAGCCUCCAGUCUUCACAGGCAAAGACAGGACAGAGCCCGUAACAGGCUUCCAAAAAGCAAUGGUCAAGACCAUGUCUGCAGCCCUGAAGAUUCCCCACUUUGGCUAUUGUGAUGAAGUUGAUCUUACUGAACUGGUUAAGCUUCGGGAAGAAUUAAAACCUGUUGCUUUGGCUCGUGGAAUCAAACUCUCCUUCAUGCCUUUCUUCUUAAAAGCCGCUUCUUUGGGCUUGCUACAGUUUCCUAUCCUCAAUGCCUCCCUGGAUGAAAACUGCCAGAACGUCACCUACAAGGCUUCUCACAACAUUGGAAUAGCAAUGGAUACUGAGCUGGGGUUAAUUGUCCCCAAUGUGAAGAAUGUUCAGGUCCGCUCUGUAUUUGAGAUCGCCAUGGAACUGAACCGCCUCCAGAAACUGGGUUCUUCAGGUCAGCUCAGUACCGCCGACCUUACCGGAGGGACAUUCACUCUUUCCAACAUUGGCUCAAUUGGUGGAACCUAUGCCAAGCCAGUGAUCUUGCCACCUGAAGUAGCCAUCGGGGCCCUGGGAGCAAUUACGGCCCUUCCCCGAUUUGACCAGAAAGGAGACGUUUAUAAAGCACAGAUAAUGAAUGUGAGCUGGUCAGCCGAUCACAGGAUCAUUGAUGGAGCCACGAUGUCACGCUUCUCUAAUCUGUGGAAAUCCUACCUGGAAAACCCGGCAUUUAUGCUGCUAGAUCUGAAAUAAUGCAGAUAAGACGUCCUUGAACAUUUUGCGUUUCCAAAGAGUACGUGAGGGCUGUCUGUGCCAGCAUGGAUUCUUGUUAGAGUUGCAUUAGAAGUGACCUAAGUUCCCUGCUUAAGGCUCUAGAGCACAGUAUUUAUCACUGUCAUGCUAGGCUCUGCUGAAAAUGAACGAUGGUGUAAUGAUUGCCCCGGGGUAUCACGUUGUGUAGGUCAGAGGGUGACUUUAAUAUGGUGCUGAGAUCUUUGUGUCAAUGAGUUGAAACAGGCAACAAGACAAAAUUAGUGUUAUGAAAAGGCAAGUAGCAAUGUACACGUGGUGUUUGCCAUGUUUCUUUCUUUUUUUAAUUUUUUAACUGACGUUUUUAGUGAAACUUAAAUUAUACUUCACUGGGGAAAAGGAAUUUAUAUUCCAGUGUUUUCCAUUUCCCUACAAUCAUGUUAACUGUUCUACCAAAUAAGUGCAAUUCCGCUUAUCUUUUCAGAUGAUGAGGUGUACUCUUGCCUUAUGUAUAAAGUAUCAUCUAUAAAUGUCUUAGAGCUGAAAUUAGCAUUAUUUACAGGGGAAAUUCUAAUCUGGUCUUAACUAUAGUUUUACAACCAGUAAGGCUGUGACAGGUAAAUGUUUUCAAUGGAUCAACUUCUAGAGCUGUGGUGAUGCUUUGGCAUUUUUCUGGGAAAUACUUGACUUUCCAAACUCACUUUGUGACAUAAAAUACCAUAAAUACAGCAGCCAUUGACUAAUUUUUUUUUUAAUGCUUAGAGGUUUGUUGCCUUUUAAUUUUAUUGAUCUUCAGCUAAACACAAGAAAGAGACUUGGAAUCUGUUCUGUUCUCCUGACCCUCAAUAGAAGCAAGAAUAGGAAAAGGGUCAUACAGGAAAUUGUGGACUAAAAUUAGUUUAUACAGAAAUGCUACUAAUGAUCAUCUUGAUAAAGGUCCACUUUAAUCAGAUAGCAUCAGGAUUAAUCUAAUUCAAGGCUGGACAGGCCUUUAUUCCCAGCACUUGAGAAGCAGAGACAAGUGGAUCUCUGAGUUUGAGACCAGCCUGGUCUGCACAGUGAGUUCCUGGACAGCCAGAGAUACAUAAAGAGACCCUGUCUUUAAAAAAAAAAAAGAAUCAA